UGCAGCGGCGGCAGCGGCUCCGCUCCAGCACCGCGCCUGGUGACAACAUGUGGCUCCUGGAGCGGCUGCGCGGCGUGGCGGAGAACGGCGGGUCCCGGGGCACGGGACCAGAGGACUCCCCACGGGGAUCCCGCUACAGCAAUGUCCUCACCCCUGACAAGAUCCCCGACUUCUUCAUCCCACCCAAGCUGACCGCAGCACCCGCCGAGGGCCCCGAGACCCCCGCGGCGCCCACCCUGGGCCCCUCAGCCUCCGAGCAGGACCUGGCUGGCCGCAAGCCCCCGCGCAGCCCCCGACCAUCCAGCCGGUCCCGGUCGCGGGCCACCAGCCGUCACAUCAUCCAGAUCGAGACCGCCGAGGACGGGGCGGCCGAGGGGGGCUUUGGCACAAACGUGGACCCGCAGUCGCAGACGGCCAUGUCCCUGCCCUACGUGCCCAAGGCGCAGACCUCCUACGGUUUCACCACCCUGAUGGAGAGCCCCCACACCAGGCGCAAAGAGUCUCUCUUCCACAGCGAGCACAGCAGCCUCUGCCCUUCGCCUGCCACCUCGCCCAGCUCCCAGCGCAGAGCCAAAGUCAACGGCGAGAGCCGGCCCCGGACGCCUGCCGACCUGGGCGCAGCCCUCAUGCACCCCGGCCGCUACUUCAGCGGCGGCGAGAGCGACACCGGCUCCUCGGCCGAGUCCUCACCCUUCGGCUCCCCGCUGCUCUCCCGCUCCGUCUCCCUGCUGAAGAUCUUCAGCCAGGAGAGCCAGUCCAAAGUCAUCAAGCUGAAGCACUCGGUGGCCCGCAACAGCUCCCUGUCCACCGACGACAGCUCGGCCGACACCAGCCCCAGUGUCCAGCGCCGCUCCAGGAGCGCCCCGGCCGGGGGGCAGCCACCCACCGCCCUGCUGCCCCUGGACCUGCCACCGGGCUGCGACCGGGAGCACAGCUUGCGGCUCAGCCGGGGCGGCAGCCUGCGCCUGGCCGCCGAGUACGACCCCUCCAACGCCCGGCUGCGUGUGCGGCUGGUCUCUGUCGAGGACCUCUACGAUGCCCUGGUCGACUUGCGUAGCAUCAACUGCUGCGUCUCGCUGUGCCUCAACCCCGGGAAGCUGCAGAAGCAGCGCAGCACCAUCGUCAAGAACAGCCGCAACCCCGUCUUCAACGAGGACUUCUUCUUCGACGGGCUGGGCCCUGGCCACGCCAGGAAGAUGUCCCUGAAGCUCAAGGUGGUCAACAAAGGCAGCAGCCUUAAGCGCGACACGCUGCUGGGGGAGAAGGAGCUGCCACUCACCUCCCUCCUGUCCUGCCUGUAGGUGCUUGCAGCCGGCCCCCGAGCGAGCUGCCUGCCCGUGGGGUUGGGGUGAGGGGGAAGCCAGCCCCGGCCCCCAGCCCCGCUGGAGGAGGGUUUGGAAGGGCCCCUCGGAGGAGGGACAGGGCUGUGGUGGAGAGGGGGGAUCCCCAACCGCGGCUCUGCCAACACCAGGGCAGGCAGGGCUGGCAGCUGCAGCCUCUCCCUUCUGCUUCCUCCCUGCUCUCUCGGGGGCUGCAUCUCCUGGAGCCCAGCAGGGAGCCACUGGUCCCAUCUCCAGCGGGAAGGAUGGAUGUCACCUGCUGGGCUCUUCCCUCCCUGGUGGUCUCCAGCUGAUCAGCGUGAAGGUUGGAGGUGGGUAGAUCUGUAGCAUACUUACCUCUCUCAAAGCCCCAGCUCCUGGAGUCAGGGGACAGCAUCAGUCUCGGCUUUAAUUUAAGAGACAAGUUUCUCGUCUUGGAAAACUGCAGAGAAAAUACUGCAGAGGCGACCCAAGGGUGGGCCAAGGGAGCUGACCCUGGGGGAUGAGUCA